AGAAAAGCUUUACAGUUACUUAUAGCAACUGGCAUCAACAACAUUUCCUCUUCUUCUUCCUCACCAUCACCAUGCACUCGAAAAUCGUUUUCCUUUUGACUUUGUGGGCUGUAGUGGCAUCUUCUAUGCUGGUCGAUGAAGUUGUUCCCGAUCAAGAUGCUGACGGUCAGUACCUGUACUCCUACGGGUACGGUUAUCCCAGCUUCGCCUAUCCAUCAGUUCCUUUGGCCGCCACCUACCCUGCCACCAUCAGUACGGAUAAAGUUCCAACUUCAACGGCCAAGCUGAUCACCCAGCCGGAUUACGCCUAUGCCUAUCCCGGCUAUUAUCCUUACUCAGGAUAUCCGUAUCCCGGUGGUUUUGGUUACGUUUACGGUUACCCCCAUCAAAGCCUACAUGAAACGAUACUCAGCAGCAUCAGCUUUCUAUUUUUAUUAUUAUUUUAUUUUAUAUUCCCUUCUCCCCCCCACCUACCCUCCAGCACGAUGUUAUAGCAACUGCCCUGACAUAAGCUCGUUAAUAAUCUAUAUACCUUUAUUUUUUAUUUUUUUAUUUGAUUAAUUGUUUUUUUUUGUUUUUUUUGUUUUGUUUUUUUAAUUUUAGUCUUAUUAUUAUUGGCCGGGAACGGGUUUCUUGGUUUCAGUUUUUCUAUGUUACCCACCUGAUUUUAAAAGAAGCAGUUUUCAGCGGAUCAUUAUUGUGUAACAGCAAUAAAUUUUUUUAUU